CCAGUAGCAGCUGCGCGUAAAAAUCUCGAGUUCAGUUUACUCCCAAGCCUUGAACAGAGCGAACACAAAAUUGUAUACGGGUACAAAUCCAUACAUAACCAAAAAUAAUCGUAAUAGUAAAAUCAAGCGUACAAAGCGUGCGUUAAAGCGCUGCUCUUUUUAUACAUAACACGCCUACAACAACAGAAGCAAUAAGUGAAUAAAAACAACAAGUGGCAGUGAUAGCACCAUUGUGCUCCUCAAAAGCUACCAAAAUGAGUCCAACGCGCCUCAGGUUCUUCUGCAUGACCAUUAUUUGCCUCCUAUUAUCGAAUUGCUUGUUCGUGGACGCAAAACGUGUUUACAGUAGUAGUAGUCGUCGUAGCUCCAGCAGCAGCAGUUCAUACACUCCACGCCGCACUUCAUCCACUUCGCAUAGCUCUUAUGGCGGCGGCUACAAUUCUCAUACAUCAUCGUCAGCUUCGCGUCCCUCCUAUUCGCAUUCGGAUGCAACAAAACUCACCUAUGGUGGCGGUUAUCAUUCGUCACCGCCAAAACAGCAGAGUUCCAUAACAAGUCAUUCGCAGCCAACACAUACACAGUCGCGCCCUUCUGCCACUGCAUCGCCUAUCGGAUGGAAUGUGCCCAAAUCACAAGGUCCACCUCCUGCUUACUCGUCAUCCAAUACAGUGGGUGGGGCGCGUACAAAUAUAAAUGAACCACCGCCAGCUUACAAGGCGACCGCACCUGUGGCUUCAGCACCAGUCGCUUCCUCAGCUUACAAACCGAACGUACCACCACCAAGCUAUGCGGCCGCGACUAAUACAGGCCAUCGCGCCUCGAUGACACCUGCCCAGACUUAUAAUCCCAGCGCACCAGUUGGCAACGCUGCUUCGUCUAAUACAGCUUAUCGAGGCUCAAUGACACCGGCGCAGACAUAUCGGCCACGCGCAAAUUCGACUGGCGGCUUUGGUAGUGGCUCCUAUACACCUAUACAACGGACUAAUGUGCAAGGUGUACAAUCCAGUUAUCCACAGCAAAGUUUACCUGCCGGUGCAACCUAUUACAAUUCACCGUCGCAUUUGCCGGCUGGUGCCACGUAUCAUUCAUCAGUGCCCGCUGGCGCUACCUAUCACCCAGCUGGUUCGCUGCCAGCCGGUGCAAGCUAUCACCCAGCCGGUUCGCUACCAGCUGGUGCAAGCUAUCACCCAGCCGGUGCAGUGCCUGCUGGUGCAUCUUAUUAUCCUUCCGCGGGGGCUUUGCCAGCUGGAGCUAGCUAUCACCCAGCAGGUCAUGUACCUGCAGGAGCUACUUAUUAUCCCUCAGCUGGUGGAGUACCUGCCGGUGCUAGCUAUUAUCCGGCAGCAGCAGCAGUGCCUGCAGGAGCUACUUUUCUUCCGGCCGGCUCAUCAUUACCAGCUGGUGCAACUUAUUAUGCACAACCUCCCGUUAAGUCCUCAUCGGGUCUGGGAUUUGGUUCUGGUUUGGCUGCUGGCGCUUUAGGAGGUGCUCUUCUAGGCUAUGCACUCACACCAUCACAGACGAAAGUUAUCGAGCGCGUGCCCGCUGGCGGUGGUUAUAGCGGUGGUGGUAGCGCUCCUCCGGCCAGUGGGGGAGAUGACCGCAUCAUCAUCAUCAACAAUGGCCCGCCUGGCUCUGUGACAACUACAGAUGCCGGUUCCGGUACUACCGUCAUCACAACCAACGCAGCGGCGCCUGCGGCUGCAGCUCAGCCCAAUGCACCACAAAAUUAUGCACCACAAAAUUAUGCACCAUCACCCAAUUUUGCGCAACCCGCACCACAAAAUCCAGGCGCACCGCAACUUGCACCCUUUGACACACCAGCACCUGAAAAUGGUGGCAACGUAGGAGCCGCGAUGGGCGCUGCCGCUGCAGGUGCUGCUAUCACCACUGCUGUUGGUGCUCCAGCACUCAAUGCCGCACCUGCCGCAAAUGCUGGCGCUACGGCUCCUGUUGCUACCUCUGAUGCAGUCCCCGCACCCAGUGCAGCUGCUGCUCCCGGUGCAGCUGCUGUUCCCGAGCAGCCUCCAGCAGCUGGUGGAAUAAUUUGUGUGCCUGUACGUGUGCCUGAGCCAGAUCCUGCUGACAGUACUAAAACCAUUGAAGUUGAAAAAAUUGCUUGCUACCCCGCUCCACCGCCGGCUGAGGUGACACCUGCUCCAACUGCUUCACCUACCGUAACGAAUGCAGCGGACUCUACAACAACGACGACAACGACUCUCGCUCCCACAACGGCUCCAGCACCUAUUAGCAAUGCGGAAACUAGCGUUAAAUUGGCACCACUCAAUACCGAGCUGCGCCCAAUAGAAGUGCCAGAGGGUUCGGUUGCAUUAGCACCACUCAGUCCCGGCCAUCAGCCAGAUAUCAUGAAAUUGCCGGGCAAUUAUUACGCGCGGCAGUCCAUCUCCAAUAUAGCGCUGGCCGAGAGCUCCGGUUUGGUACGUGCUGGUGCAGCAACCAAUUACGCCAAUUUUGGCAUUUCCACACUAUUGACAUUGCUGGUUGCUUACUGCAUGCAUUAACACUGGCGCAGCUACAGUGCAUUAGAAAACUAAGGUGCGUUCUAUAGUGAGAAGCACUGGCAACAAAGAGAAAGAGUGGGAGCAGAAAUGAAAGCCAAAAAGUAAAAUAGGAGUUCUUCGUAGAAAAACUAAUAUGGAUAUUUUGAAGCUGAAAGACAAUCAGAAUGAAGCUUUUAUAUAAAAAAAAAUAAAUUAAAAAAAUGUAUUGUUUUGCUUCUCUCUUCAGUCACGAGCGUGAACAAAUACUCCCUUGCUAAUAUCGACUUUAUAUUUACUUGUGUGUAUAUAUGUAAACGUAGAAAUUAGAAGUAUAUCGAUUAUAAAAAUAAAUGUGAAUUUAACUCAAAAUGAAUGUAAUAAUGUAAAGCUACAUAAA